GACCCCACAGCCUUUUUUGUUACAAUAGAACUUUUCUUUCCGCUCUUCCUUGUAGGUUGCACACGACUUGAACAGCGAGAGAGAGAGAGAGAGAGAACUGCAUAAUAGAUUACCCUAUCCCCCUCCUCCUGUGUUCACCUUUUCCACUACGGAGAGACCAUGUACGCGUCAUACGCUGUAGGUGGCGUCUCAGACGGCACUUUCACGCAGGACCCGCGUGUCUACCGUCCUCCUCUGGCACCGCCACCGCCGUCUUCCUCCAUUGCUAUACAGCAGCUCCUCUGCGACGAGAUAGAGGGCCGGAUGAGACUCGCAUGUGACGCGCUGACGGACUUCCAGCGCGUUGUCGGCCUCUGCGUCUCGGAGCGGUUUGGACGCUGGACCUUUACGUUAGCCCCAUCCAUGCACAGCGGUAGCGGGUGGUGCUGCCCGCGCUGCGGCUACUCCCAGCAAGACGCCGAAAGCGAUGGGACUGCGCUGCAGUCGAAGGUUCAUAGCAAGACCGCGGCAGCGAAGGUGCGAGAUCUUUUUGCCCACGGCAGCUGCAGGACACCUUUGUGUUCUGCUGACGAAUUGCGCAGGACGUCGGACCGCUGCCAGUACGCCGCAGAUGCGUCUGCACUUUUAGAAAAGAGGUACAUGUUCCAGCAAGAGUUUGGUAGCUUGCUGCAACGCAUCAGUGCGGCUAGCCGCGGGAUUCAAGACAGUGUUACGCGUUGA